ACUGGGGACUGAAUCUAGGGCCUUCACACUAUGCUCUUAGGUUCUUAUGAAGCGACUAGGAACCAAAGAAAGAGUCCAUCUGGGACAGGAGGAGGAUUGCUCCAAGGCCAUGAGUAGAUCUUGCAAAUGCUGCACAUCUACCAGAAAAACAUGGAAGGGCUUCAGAAGGGUGGAAAAGGUGCCAUCCCCGCAGCAGAUGGAGAAGAGUGCUGCGCUGUGGAGUCAUCAACCUUGAGGAUCAUCCUGGUGGGAAAAACCGGCAGCGGGAAGAGUGCCACGGGCAACAGCAUCCUCUGCCGACCAGCCUUCCAGUCCGGCCUGGGGGCCAAGUCGGUGACCAGCACGUGCCAUGGGGAGAUGGGCACGUGGGAUGGGAGGAGCAUCCUGGUGGUCGAUACGCCCCCCAUCUUCGAGUCCAGGGCCUGGACUCCGGACAUGUACAAGGACAUCGGGGACUGUUACUGGCUGUCAGCCCCAGGGCCCCACGUGCUGCUCCUGGUGACCCAGCUCGGGCGCUUCACCGCCCAGGACACCGUGGCAGUGAGGAGGGUAAAGGAGGUCUUCGGGGUGGAAACCAUGAGGCACGUGGUCAUCUUGUUCACCCACAAGGAAGCCUUGGGGGACAAGUCCCUGGAUGACUACGUGGCGAGCACAGACAACCGCAGCCUGCAGGCUCUGGUGCGGGAGUGCGGGAGGCGGUACUGCGCCUUCAACAACCGGGCGGCGGCCGGCCAGGAGCAGCGCGGGCAGCUGGCUGAGCUCAGGACUGUGCUGGACAGGCUGCAGUGCGAGCUGGAAGGCUGCUUCCUCGGCAACGACCUGUUCCUUUGGGCCCACGUGCUGCGGCAGGGCGGGGCUGCUGCUGGCCAGGAAGACCACAGGCGCUACCUGGCCCAGGUGAGGCAGCAGGUGCAGAAGCAGAGGCGACAGCUGAAAGUGGCGGAGAGCAGCUGUGUGUUCAGGGCCCAAGACUGUGUGAUGUUACACAAGGAGAUCUGUGCUGUUUUGAUUUGGUGCAGCUUCUUUGUUCUCUUGAUUUUUCUGAUCAUAUUGUAUCACCCAUGA